GAAGUGAUAAUUUAGAUUUCUUAUAUAAUAGUUUAAUAUGAUGCAAUAGUAUAAGAGUUUGGGAGGAGUGUAAGCUGUCCUCUCCUCGCGGUGAGAUCCGGGAGAUGCUGCUGGUCUCGCGGCUUUGUGCGGAUUCUUGACCGUCUCCACGACAACCACAACCUGACGCAACUUACGCCCCUCCUCCAUUCGAGCCUCUCAUCUCAUUCAAGAAACAAGUGUGGAGUAAGAGCAGUGUAACAGAGCAGGACGCGAGGGGUACAAGAGCCUGAAAAACUACUGUGAAGCCCCACAGACACACCAUCCUGGUUACUGCGAGCAAAUCCAAAGGUCUACUGUAUCUUUAUUGAUCCAACAAGGCAAUGAGAUCAUCUGACCACUUAAAUUGAUUUUCACUGUUUAUUUUUGGCUACUCUAACCACUUCCUCAGAAGGCCAUGGAUGCCAGCUCAAUUCCUCAGAUUAAUAUAGAGGACUGUGAUGGCCUUGAGGUUGCCCCAGAUGAUCAUUUGAGAAACCUGAAAGCACUGACUGAGAAGCUCAGGCUUGAGACCAGAAGGCCGUCCUAUCUUGAGUGGAAGGAACAAGUGGAAGCUCAAAGCUCCAAAGGCUUAGCAGUGUCAGAGGGCUCAUCAGAGCCGGAGACGGGUGCUGGACUGAAGCCUGACGGCACACCUCACAGUUCCCAAGUGACUGAAGGAAAUGCCCUGAUUUCUAGAAGCCUUGGAGGAUUCGAUAAUAUUGAUGAAGCUCUGGUUUGGCUUCGAAAAGAACUGAUGGAGAUGCGCAUCCAGGACCAGCAGCUGGCCCGCCAACUUAUGCGACUACGCGGUGACAUCAACAAACUCAAAGUGGAGCAGACGUGUCACCUGCAUCGCCGGAUGCUCAACGACGCCACCUUUGGCCUGGAGGAGCGUGACGAGCUGUCGGAUCUUCUGUGUGAUGGACCCGUCACUCCAGGGUUUGGACUCUCUUCACCAUUGCGCCUCAUUGGUGUCACCAAGAUGAACAUCAACUCCAGACGCUUUUCCCUUUGCUAGCCAUUUAAUGUGUGACCGAACUCCGAAAGAAAAGAAUUAAUGACUCAAAAGGUGACUGAUCUUGAAAUGAAUUAACCGUUUUGGAACCCAGAGAGAACUGUUUUCACAGAACAUCCUUUGCCUCUUGCUCUAUAUUCUUGUGCCAGUGAUAUCUUUUCAGUUAAUCAAAUGAACAAUAUACAAUGACUUCUACAAAAAUGUCUGAUCCACUAGCCAUGGCUCUAUGCCUUUAAAACAGUCCUUGCUGUGGUCAUGAGAUGUCAAAUGAAGUUGCUUACCAUGCACAUGCUCUGUUUCAAAACCUUGUAAACUAUCAAAUGCAUGAAGACUGUUCCAAUAUAGGCAUCUUAGUGCCUCCAAGACACUUUGCCAAAUUCUAAGGCAGCAUUCACAGCAUUCCGUGAAGAUUGCGGACCAGGCAUUAGAAAUGUUGAUUAUUAAUAAACGUACAUGUCAUUUAAUAUUGAAAAGCAUUGAUGGUUGUAAUUAAGAUGAAUUAUUUUAUAAUCAUUUUGUGUUCUGUGAAUUUUAUAUAGUGCUGGGCAGCAAUUAAUCGUGAUUGUUUAUGUUAUAUACGCGUGUGUACUAAUUCAUGUGUAUAUAAAGACACAUACAUACAGUAUAUGUAUUGAAAAUAUUUUCAUGUAUAUAUUUAUAUUCAUAUCAUUUAUAUUUUUUAUAAAUAGUACACACAUGUAUAUUUUGUACACAAAACCUUUUAUUUUGGAUGCGAUUAAUCACGAUUAAUUGUUGCCCUGCACAAAUUUUUAUGCGUAUUAUGUAUUAUUUAAUGUUUUAUUAGUGCAUUAGCUUAGCAACAUGUUAAUAUCAACAGUGCACAGCCAUUUUUUCAGCUGCCUUCAUUCCAGAAUUUUUACCCUAUGGAUUUGAAAACAUUUUCAUCAAUGAGUUAUAAGCUGUAAACCAUACCAACCAGCUAUGAAAUGAAUCACAACAUAAACUUUGAUUUGAAGCAAAGACAUUUCUGAAAAUCAGACAAAAAGACAUGAUGAAAAAGAAAGAAAUAAGAAACCGAGUAAUGCAGGCUGCUGGUUUCAACAACGGCGUGUACCAUCGAUUAACAACCUUGAAGCUCACAGAAGGCGUUUCUUUAAUGGUUUUUGUUAAAAAUCAAUUCCCCAACAGAGAAAAUGAUUGGUAUUUCACUUCCGGAACCAGAAUGUUCCAAAUAAAAUGAAUCAAUCAAAUUAUGUGGCACACAGACUUGCUACCUCUGUAUUAACGCUUCAAAUCGGUCUCUUGUGAGGUUCAUGAUUAUAAUGUGUAGGCCGUAGUGAAACAGUUCACUAGGUUCUGGAACAGAGCUACAGCCUUAAUUCAGUUUUGCUUAUAUGUAUGACAUAAAAUGUCUCAAGUAGUUCUGCAUGUGAUUUUUUCUAUACACAUUUGUAUUUUAUAUGGAAGAAUAUCUUAUAAACGUAACUCAGUUGUGGUUAGAUUCAUUAAAAAAUAUUAUGCUUGGCAUGUACAGUGAAGAUUGUAUCUGCUAUACUGUACAAUAACAUCCCAGUCUACAGAUCAUCUGUGGAAACAUGUUUACAGAAACCUCUGACAAUUCAUCCAUAUAAUCCUGCAAUAAAUGUUUUACAGUG